AUGGGCCAUGCAUUCUCAAGAAUUAAAGAAGAAGCCAGUGAAGACAGCAGCAUUACUUUGUCCUUUGAAUCUGUUUUAGGUGUUCAAGAGCUGAUAACAGUCGAAGAGGCUAGAAAAGUAUACAUCAAACUGUUCUAUGAAAACCAAGGAAACAACGACAAGCUAGUUGAGAUAAAUGACGCGUUCAAUCUAUUUAAAAGCAGUGUGGACGUAGAUCUUUAUUAUUUAAUCUAUACGGGAAUAUAUGGCACGGGCAAAGCUCAAGAAAGAACGGUCAUCAACCAAUUUGAAAGUCAACAGCUAAAGAAAGUCAAGAGUGCACAAUCUGUUUCAAAUGCAGACGCUACAACAGGUGGGUGCCGACUUAAUACAGCAGACAAGUAUGAUCUGGAAAUUAUCAGAAAUAGCGACGGUUCCGUAGUGCUAAAAUACAAAGGAUUUACUAAACCUUUUGACUUUACCCACUUUUCCCACGACUUUUUUGAGAAGUUGUCCAAUCGUUUUCAAAUCAAAGCGCCUGUCAAGUUUAAAGAUUCUGACUUUUUGAGAUUUUACAGUUUCUGGAGUCAUUUUCUUGCAGCAGACAAGGCUCUUGAAAAUAAGGUAAGAAGGAUUGUAAGAAUAAUCAAAGAGAAUGAUCCAAGAUUAAAUAAUAGAGAAAAUAAAUGUGCUAUUGACAGCAAGAGUUACAAACACAGUGCCAAAAUCUAUGAAAAGAAGGAAAAACAGUGGAAACAUUUUUGUGAAGCCUGCAAAAAAGGAUUUAACAGCGACAAUACAUUAAGGGAUCAUUUGAAUAGCAGGCAACACAAGAGCAAGAAUGUAGUAGAUAACAACACUACUGAUAAAAGUAUUGAUGAAAGAGGAGACUGUCGGAAUGUUGAGUGUAGCCAAAAUAGUAAAGACAAUCACAGUAUCGAUGAGGCUUUGAGCGAGGAUCAUUAUAAAGAUAUUGGUGUUAAUUUAACUUCUAAUGACAGCUUGAAAGCUGAGUGCGAUCCAAGUACCUGGCAAAGUGCAGACCAUCCUAUUUUCAGGACUUGUGGGAUUUGUAAAGAAGUCCUUAAGACAAGAUCUGAGCUAGUUUUGCAUCUCAAGAAAGAUCACUGA